AAACUAGCAUUACCAGAAAGGAAUGUGUUUCGAACCAGUCGAUUUGCGGAGGUAAUACAGAUCGGAAAGAAUAUAUGUUGAUCUCCCAAGCCAGCUAGCAUUCAUCGACCGAUAAGUCCCACUCCCACACACACACGUCACUUUCCCGACCUCUCGUAACAUGACAAUAAUAUCAGACAUCGCCUCAAAAGUAAAGGACAUCCGCUUAGUACCUCCUACAGAAAAGGAAACAUCCUCAUCAAAACAAAAUCUCGAUAGUUCAAAGCAGUCCCAGCCGGAACCGAAACGGCCCGUCCUCGAGAUUACGUCCUAUGACCGCUUCACUCCACCAAGUCCGACACCCGACCUUGAAUACGACUGCCGCAUAACCAACAACCCAUCUGAAGAACUCCGUAAAACAUGCACAGGGCUCGACGCCAUUUUGCAAGAAGAGCUUAUGAGCCGGAGCUCGUUUAGCAACAUGGUUACACGGGCUGAGAGCGACAUUAGACGUCUUAUGGAGUUGGAAGAUGUGAGGGCUCUUCGGACAGGUGAGACGGCUAUUGUGAGGGUAGGAUGUCUCUGCGGAAGUGGCCAUCAUCGAAGUGUAGCGUUUGCAGAAAAACUGGGACAGGUGCAGUGGUGUGAGCAAGGGAAGUGGGAAGUCAGAGUCUCGCAUCGGAAUCUGACCAGUGGGGUAGAGCAGAUGAAGCGGAUUAGGGGUGAGAAAAGCAAGAUGAGGGAAAACAAAGAGACAGAAAAGGAAGAAAAACUCGAGUACUCUGGAGGAGCAACGCGGAAAUAG